CACCUAAUUUGGGCUCAUGAACAGCAAAUCCUCCGAUCAACACUCUCUGUGAGAGGCUGAGGUCGGAUCUCUUCCAGCGGCGAUUCAACCAAAACAAAUAGAGGGUGGAAAUAAGAAUGGAUGGAAUUGACGGUACACCUAAUUUUAAGAAAUGGAACAUAUUAUAUCCUGUUUAUAUAAAUUCAAAGAAAACAAUCGCCGAGGGCAGACGAAUUCCGGCAACAAAAGCAUGCGAGAAUCCAACCGCUUUGGAGAUCGGAGAUUGCUGUAGCCAUCUCAAAAUCCCUUUUGCUGUUGAGAUUGAUAAGGCAUAUCCAAGGGAUUUUAUGCAAGUUGGAAGGGUAAGGGUUUUGCUUAAACGGCCUGAUGGAAGAUUCAGCAAUCCGCUUGUUACGAAUAAAAAGCAGCUGAUGGUCCGUAUUGCUGAAUUGGUUCCUAGACACCCGGGUAGAGUGAAGAAACAAGAACCUGCAUCUACAUCAAAUGUUGGACCUUCUAAAUCUGGCAAGGGUGGGAAAAAGAAGAGAUAAUUAAUGUGUAGCUUUCACAACUUUCAGCCAGCACUCUCCUUUUCAGUUGUUUUUGUUGGGACCUCUUCUUUCAACAUACAAACUGUUUCUAGCUUAAACGAGGCCAUUUGGCUGCUUUAUUGUGAACCAGUAGACACCAGAUGUUUGAUCAUCUCAAUUACUUAAAUGGAUUUCCCGUUGAGUUUAUCACA